AUGGCGCCAAAGAUGACGCCAUUCUCGCUGCUCGACAAAAUGGCGACGACGAGGACGCUCGCAUCUUCAGCGGAAGUACAGUGGCUCUGCCGAUUGCUGCUGCUCGGCGUUUGCAUUGGCGCCGCCGCAACUCGAGACAUUUCAUCUUCGUCAGUCUAUGCACGCACUGCCCCUGAUGACGUCGCCUUCUAUUGCCCGGAGGAAGGACUAUUUCCCGAUGACUACGACUGUCGCAUCUACUAUCGCUGUGAGAAGCGUUCCGAGCAUUACAUCAAACCGUACAUGUUCGCCUGUAGGGAAGGCACGGUCUUUUCGCGUACCCUGCAGUUGUGUAUGCCAUCGAUGCUGGCCGGUCGUGGGGAAUGCGCACAGUAUAUGAAUGAAAUCGAUAGUAGCGUCGAGACCGACAGCCAGCUGGCGUUUGAUGGGCUCGUCAGUAACCAGAAUGGACAUAAUGCGAUGCUUAACAGCGCCGUCACACCCGCCGCCUUGAAGCUGCACACCUAUGCAACUGCAAAUCAGUUGCCCACAAAUUAUGGACUGACAGGACUGAGUGGUGUUUCAGUCAUAUCCUUUUCGAGCUCAUCAUCUUUGCGUUCGGCCGGCGAUGAGGGUGUGGCGUGCGAGGAUGAUGGAUUUAUGAGUGAUCCCAGUGACUGCACCGUGUUCUAUCGCUGCAUCUCCAAUGGACGUGGCUAUAAUAAAAUCGGGUUUCGCUGCUCGGACGGCACCGCCUGGGAUGAGUCUCUGCAGUCGUGCAACCAUAUGUUUGAUGUACGUGCUAAUGGCGGUUGCCGCAAUCAGGCUGCCCCUCUGAGCGAUGACCAAACAUCGACACAGUCAUCCCAAACGAGCUAUCAGAAUUCCACCUCAUCGUCCUCGUCGUCAAACAGUCAGCAAAGUUCUUCGACAAGCUCCUCAACGUCCACGUCGUCUAGUAACUCCUCUUCCUCCAGCUCCUCAAAUCAACAAGAAUCCAGUUCAAAUCAAGAGUCUUCCACAUCAAGCAGCAAUCAACAAUCUACAUCCAGCUCCAGCAGCACACAGUCCUCAAGCAGCACAGAGAGCUCAACCAGUAGCAACCAGCAAACCAGCUCGGGUUCUUCGAACCAAAGCUCUGGAAAUAAUCAGUCCUCGAGCAAUAAUCAAAACACAGGUAGCAGCUCAAGCAGUAACCAGAAUCAAAGCUCUAACAAUCAAAGCUCGAACAAUAACCAGAAUCAAAACUCUAGCAGUAACCAAUCUUCCAGCGGCAAUCAGAGCAACCAAGGCUCAUCAAGCAAUCAAUCUUCGAGUGGAUCUAACAGCGAAUCAAAUCAAAAUGCUGUAAAACCUACUGCGAACGAGUGCGAGGAUGAGAACACAUACAUUCCCGAUAAAAUGGAUUGUGCCAAGUUUUACAGAUGUCGUUUAGAUGGCAAUGGACAUUUUGAGAAAGUACCAUUUACAUGUGGUCCUGGCACUGUAUGGGGUCAAGAGGAAAAAGUUUGCGUUCUGCCCAGCGAAGAUCAAAAGAAAGAAUGCAACAUACAAUCUGGGUCAUCUAGUAGUGGAAAUAAUCAAAGUGGUAACAGCACCUCCAGUGGCAGCAACCAGAAUGCCUCAACAAGUGGCAAUCAAUCGAGUACCUCUAACUCCAGCUCCAACAACAAUAAUAGUAGCAAUCAAUCUGGCAAUCAGCAAGAAACAUCCGCAUCAAACAGCAAUCAAUCUUCGAGCAGUCAACAAAGUUCAUCAGGCAACAAUCAGGGCUCCUCCUCAUCGUCCAACUCUAGCAAUCAGUCUUCCACUCAAGGCAACAGUCAAGGCUCAUCUUCAGCUUCGAGUUCCAAUAACCAGUCGUCCGCUUCUACAUCCAACACCUCUGGAGCUCAAAAUUCCACAAGUUCUUCAAACUCGGGAACCACCACAACUUCCAAGCCACAAAAUCCUGACGGUGAAUGUGAGGAUACGGAAACUUAUUUGCCCGACAAAAAGGAUUGUGCUCGCUUCUACCGUUGCGUUGAUAAUGGCAAUGGUGGUUUUGAUAAAAUUGCUUUUGAUUGUGCACCUGGUACUGUUUGGGACCCCGACUCAAAGGGCUGUAACCAUCCAACGGAUGUCCAAAAAGAGCAAUGCAAGGCCAUGGCCAGUGGUACAGGCAGUGCUUCAAACCAAAGUUCAUCUUCCAAUCAAGGCUCUUCUUCUAAUCAAGGAUCGUCUUCCAAUCAAGGAUCAGCCUCUAAUCAAGGAUCGGCAUCAAAUCAAGGGUCUUCCUCCAACCAAGGUUCUUCUUCUAAUUCGGGAUCGUCAUCCAAUCAAGGAUCUUCCUCCAAUCAAGGAUCGUCGUCCAAUCAAAGUUCAUCGUCGAAUCAAGGAUCGUCAUCCAAUCAGGGAUCGUCUUCCAAUCAAGGGUCGUCUUCCAAUGAAGGAUCGUCAUCCAAUCAAGGAUCGUCUUCCAAUCAAGGAUCUUCCUCCAAUCAGGGUUCAUCGUCUAAUCAGGGAUCGUCCUCCAGCCAAAGUUCGUCUUCUAAUCAAGGAUCGUCAUCCAAUCAAGGAUCAUCUUCAAAUCAAGGGUCGUCAUCCAAUCAAGGGUCAUCUUCCAAUCAAGGAUCGUCAUCCAAUCAAGGAUCAUCUUCAAAUCAAGGGUCGUCAUCCAAUCAAGGAUCAUCUUCAAAUCAAGGAUCGUCAUCCAAUCAAGGAUCGUCUUCUAAUCAGGGUUCAUCGUCUAAUCAAGGAUCGUCCUCCAACCAAAGUUCGUCGUCGAAUCAAGGGUCGUCUUCUAAUCAGGGAUCAUCAUCUAAUCAAGGAUCGUCCUCCAACCAAGGAUCUUCAUCUAAUCAAGGUUCGUCGUCGAAUCAAGGAACAUCCUCUAAUCAGGGAUCUUCCUCUAAUCAGGGAUCCUCUUCUAAUGAAGGUUCCUCCUCCAAUCAAGGAACGUCAUCCAAUCAAAGCUCAACCUCCAACCAAGGAUCGUCCACCAACCAAGGUUCGUCCUCAAAUCAGGGCUCUUCAUCAAAUCAAGGAUCAUCCUCCAAUCAAGGAUCCUCCUCUAGUUCAGGAACGUCAUCCAAUCAAGGCUCAUCCUCCAACCAAGGUUCUUCGUCGAAUCAAGGAUCAUCGUCUAAUCAAGGUUCUUCGUCUAAUCAAGGUUCUUCGUCUAAUCAAGGAUCCUCUUCCAAUCAAGGAACGUCUUCAAAUCAAGGAUCAUCAUCUAAUCAAGGUUCCUCCUCUAAUCAAGGAUCGUCAUCCAAUCAAGGAACGACUUCCAGCCAAGAAUCAACCACUACGACUCAGAAACCAUUUAAGCCGGCGGAGAAGUGCGAGAGUGAAGAGACCUUCUUAGCUGACAAUGAAAACUGUUCGAAAUUCUAUCGCUGCGUUGAUAAUGGCAAGGGUGGCUUCACGAAAGUAUCAUUUACUUGCCCACCAAAUACGAUUUGGCAUCCCGAGGCCAACAGCUGUAACCAUCCAUCACAAGUUGAUAUGCAAAGCCUUAAAUGCAAGCGCGUCACCCCUGCCCAACAGACAAGCGGCAGCAGUAGCAAUAACAGCAAUACCCAACAAUCGUCCACUUCAUCCUCCACGUCAUCAUCAUCAGGCAGCAGCGCAACACAGCAAACCACAUCGUCAAACUCGCAAUCUAGCAGCAGUACAAGCUCAACAACAUCAGGCUCAAGUACCUCAAGUUCCACCUCAUCCCCAAUGCCGUCUGGUAGCUGUAAGGUUAAUGGACAAUUCUUAGGAGAUAAUAAGAACUGUGCCAAGUUUUAUCGCUGCGUAGACAAUGAUAGAGGUGGUUUUAAUACGGUGGCCUUCUUCUGCCCCCCUGGAACUGUAUGGGAUGGUCAGAUUGAGGCCUGUAAUCAUGCCUGGGCCGUUAAGGACAAAAGCUGUGGCAGCAGCGAAACCACUGAACGGCCAGAAGCUACAGACUCAACGCCAAGUUACGGCGGUCAAUCCUCGACCACGCUAAAGCCAGUGGUAAAACCGACUACGCUUAAGCCAACCACUCAAGAUACAACAACGAAGAAACCCUCUACGCAUAAACCAACUACUCAGAAACCUGUUACACAAAAACCAACGAGCUCAUCUGGGAAUGUACAGUGCAAAUCUGAGGGUUUCAUUGGUGAUCCAAGCAACUGUGCCAAAUUCUAUCGCUGCAUAAGCAAUGGCAAGGGCGGCUUUAGCCAGGUGCCAUUCCACUGCGCUGCGGGUACAGUUUGGGAUCAGGACUUACAAACGUGCAAUCACGAUUUGAAUGCGUGCAAUCCAAUCCCCGAGGAUGGCGGUGGUAAUACCACCACUGAGUCUGAUAAGGGUCCUUGUGACAAUACCACGGUAAAGCCUACAUCUAAACCGACUUCAGAGACCACCUUAUCACCCAGCACAUUUGAGCCCAGUACAACAAAUCGUCCAACUGAGCCGGCUACUGAAUCAACAACCGAACAAUUUACAACCAACCAGCCCACCACUACAUACAAACCUACAACAAUAUGGACUACAACGACCAAACCGACCACAAAUGAAAAUCAGCCCACUACUACAACAUGGACCACAACCACGGAAGCUUCAUCAACUGAAACAAGCACUCAAACUACAACCAUGAUUCCCGAAACUACUACCAAGGUACCCAACUUGCCACCUGGCACCAAAUGUAAGGGCGAAGGAUUUAUGGCUGAUCCCAACAAUUGCCGCAAGUUCUAUCGCUGCCAAAAGACCGGCGACUCGUACUCGAAACAUGAAUUCAUGUGCGCCAAGAAUACAGGUUGGAAUGAAGACUUGCAAACAUGUGAUCAUGCUCAAAAUGUGCCAGGUUGCGCGGGUCAAACUGAAGCUCCAACAGAAACUACAACCGAAAUAACUUCUACUGAGGCCAUAACAAAACCAACCACUAUAGAACCACAAACAAAACCUACAACUGAAACAGUUACGAAACCAACCACUUUUGAACCACCAACAAAACCUACAACUGAAACAGUUACGAAACCAACCACUUUUGAACCACCAACAAAACCAACAACUGAAACAGUUACGAAACCAACGGAUCCUCCAACGAAGCCGACGACAGAUUAUCCAACCACUACAGAAAAUAUUUGGAAGCCAACAGACUCCACAAUAAAGCCAACUGACGCGCCAACAAAACCUACUGAUUAUACGGAAAAGCCAACGGGAAUUCCCACUAAACCCACUGAUUAUCCAGUCAGUAAGCCAAGCACCACAGAAGCGUACCCAGAGACUUCAACUGGCUAUACAACAUCAUUCCCAGGAUAUCCUCCGACUACAACUGAAGACAAUCCGAGCACUACGCAAGAGUCGGCAGUCAACUUCAAGUGCCCUGCUGAAGGUUUCCAUGCCGAUCCUGAGGAUUGCAGCAUUUACUAUCGCUGUACAAAAACCAAUGAUAAAUAUCAAGUAUACAAGUUCCGUUGUCCAAAGGGCACAGUGUGGGACACAUCGCUGGAGACUUGCAACUACGCAGAUCAGGUGUCUGGUAACUGCUCCUCUGGCAGCGUGACUUCAACCACAAACCCUAGUGAGGCAACCACACCAUGGACGGAGAUGCCAACAAGCACUGUGAAACCGGUGACAACAGUUAAGCCCGAGACAACAACAUACACGCCUAGCACCACAGGUGGCCCGGUUGACCCUAUAACUACUAAUAAGCCAGUAGAGACAACUACGGAAGCCAACCCUGAUCCAGAGCCAUCAACCAACUCCAGUGCUCCAUGUCCCACGACUACAGAGGACCAAAGCUUGUUUGUCUGCCCAUCGGGCUUCCGUCGGCACUCCAAGCAAUGCGGCGUAUUUUACCAAUGCAAUGAGAAUUCAAAUUCAAAUCUAAAUAUUGUGCUGUUCCAAUGUCCCAAUGGUACCGUUUAUCACGAAGCAUCAUGCCGUUGCGCCAAGCCAGGGCCGGACGAUACCUGCAGCAAAAACGACGUAUUGAUCCCACGUACGCAGCUUUUUGAGGAGGAACCGCAACCACUUAACCUGGUGCCAAUCCAUUCCACAGCGCCGCUCUGCCCGGAGGAGGGGCACUUUGCCCUGAAUCAGGAUGAAUGCAGCCAGGUGUUUGUCAAAUGCGGCUACUCCCAGCAGACAGGACGCAUCGAGGGCCAAAUAUACCGCUGCCCGCAAGGCUUUGCCUACUGGAAUGUGAGCCGCCGCUGCGAGCCUGCCAAAAAGCUAACCAGCUGCACCCCAGCCACAUACAAUGUGGGCGAUAGUGUGCCGCUGGAGUGGGUCAACAUUGGCCACAGACGUCGCAAUCUUCGCAUCUAAAACACAUACACAUAGCAUUAAUUUAGAAAUUGUAAAAGGCAACGCAUUUGUUUGCUGCGCAAGCUCACAACUCAAAAGCAGCUUGCGCAGCAAAUGACGAGCCAAAAGACUAGCUUAGGUUGUAGUGCAAUUACAAUAAGUUUAACAUGGGCUUAUAACAAUUUCUGGUGACGGUACUAUCCGUGAUUUUUCAAACUUGAUACAAAACAGCAUUUUUUGUGUUUAAUUGCCUGUAACAAUUGCAUUGGCACAGCCUUUCACACGCACAACAUGUUGUUGCUUUUCACGCAGUAAUUGUAUUUAUAUUAAAACUAACGUUCUGAACGCCAUAUUUAGCUUAGUCUAUGCUUAAAGUUUACAAUAAAUUAAAACAUAUACAAAAACGUUUACAUGAGCUGAAGCUUAAGGUGACUACGGUGUUUAGUUAUUUCUUCUUGUUUUUUUUUUUUUUUUUUUUUUUUUUUU